CUGUAAUCUCCAUUGUUGUUGAUGAUGAUGAAUUCAUGAUUCAGGCAUUGACGAUUAGCCAGUCGAAGAACGUGACAUUGAGUGGAGUAACGGUGAAAAACAGCGAAAACUUUCAGAUCGCAAUCAUGUUCAGCCAAGGAAUAAGAGUGGAAGGAGCCACUGUAACCGCGCCGGUCGAUAGCCCUAACACCGAUGGAAUCCACGUCCACAUGUCAAGCCUCGUAAGCAUCACCAACUCCACCAUCCGCACGGGCGACGACUGCAUCUCUCUGGGCACCGGCGUCACCAACAUCUCCGUUCAGGACAUCACAUGCGGGCCGGGUCACGGGAUCUCCAUCGGCAGCUUGGGCGGGUCGCCUGGCGACACCAUAGUGCAGAAUGUGACGGUGAGCUCAGUAAUCCUCACAGGAACACAGAAUGGCUUACGAAUCAAGACUUGGGCGAAUCCAUAUGACGGAUUUGUUAGCGGAAUUGUUUUCCGGCACGCCAUCAUGAACAAUGUGCAGAACCCUAUAAUUAUCGAUCAGAAUUAUUGCCCUGGCAAUGCUAAUUGCCCUAAUCAGGUAAGUGCGUAUAUAUAUCAUAGGUAAAUAAACUGCUUAGUGCGGAAUGAGAAGACUAAUCGUUGAUUGAUCGAUUUUGGUUGCAGAGCUCAGGGAUAAAGAUCAGCGGAGUACUGUUCGAAGACGUGAAGGGGUCGUCGGCGACGGCGGUGGCGGUGAAGCUUGAUUGUAGCCGGAGCAAUCCGUGCAGUGGAAUUGAGCUUACGAGUAUAAAUCUGAGCUAUAAUGGGAAUAAGAGGCGAAUGGCCGAGUCAUUCUGUAGAAAUGUGGAGGGAAGGAGCUCUGGAUUAGUAAACCCGCCCAGCUGCCUAUGAGAUUUUUAUUUAAUUAAUUAGGUUUAGGGCUUA